AUGUACUCACGAAAACCGUACGAUGGCACGUCCCGCAAAUUGAUACUUGCGUUUGAUGUCGGAACGACAUUCAGUGGUAUAUCCUACUGUAUAGUCGAUCCGGGAGAAAUCCCCGUAAUUCGGGGCGUGUCAAAAUUUCCCGCACAGGAACACGUCGGUGGCUCUAAUAAAAUACCCUCUAUCAUGUAUUAUGACAAGGAGGGAAAUGUCCAAGCUGUAGGUGCGGAAACACAGCAACCGUACAUCAUUGAGAAGGCUGGUAAGGAGGAGUGGGUGCUAUUGGAAUGGUGGAAACUUCACCUUCGUUCGAAGCAUAUAGAGGCAUCCCACUUCUCAGAUGCGGACCUACCUCCACUCCCUGAAGGCAAACCUGCUGUUGAAGUUCUGGGUGACUUUAUGCGUUAUUUGUUUGACUGUGCCAAGGCAUACAUCAAAGAAUCUCAUGCGACCAUCAUGUGGGACUCACUGGGGGAUCGCAUAGAAUUCAUACUAACGCACCCGAAUGGCUGGGAAGGGCCCCAGCAACAACAGAUCCGCAAGGCUGCAGAGCUCGCAGGGCUUAUCCCAGCUGGGGAGGAAGGCCAAUCUCGUGUUCACCUUCUGACAGAAGGAGAAGCCAGUCUGCACUUUUGCGUCACCAAUAUCUUGACUUCAGAAACGUUCUCGGCUAUGCCAAUUGCGUGCACGGACGAGCCUGAAGAAGAUGAUGGUGGGAACGCAUCGGAAUAUCAGAAUGUCAUUAUCAUCGAUGCGGGUGGCGGGACGGUUGACCUCAGUGCAUAUUCCAUGAAAUUAUCCCCCACGUCAUUCAGAGAGAUUGCUCCUGCGGAGUGUCGCCUUCAAGGAUCGGUCUUUGUCACAUAUCGUGCUCACGCGUUCCUACGAGGUCAGACAUUCGACCCCUUGCUUGCUAAUUCGAAGUACGGCGACGAGGAAACCUUGAAGAGGAUGGCAGAUAUCUUUGAUAAGACAACAAAAUUGCAAUUUCGGAACGCAGGCGAACCUCAGUAUAUCAAGUUCGGGACGAUACGCGACAAGGAACUCCCGUAUAACAUUCGCUCAGGGCAGUUGAAGUUAUCUGGCCAGGACGUCGCCAAACUUUUCCAACCUUCGGUCGAGGAGAUCAUCGCUGCUUUUGAGGAACAGCGCAAAGCAGCUUCGAUGCCAAUCUCCUGUGUUUUCCUCGCAGGAGGCUUUGCUGCGAGUGAUUGGCUUCAUUCGGGCCUCUCGAAACAUAUGAGUUCACUUGGCAUCACUUUCUGUCGACCCGAUCAACACGUCAACAAGGCAGUUGCAGAUGGAGCGGUUUCGUAUUAUCUUGAUCGCCUUGUAUCAAGUCGCGCUGCAAGGUUUACAUACGGAAUUCCGUGCUGUCACCUAUAUAACCCAUAUGACGCGGAACACGCUUCCAGGAUAUCGACGGCUUUCACGGUAUUGAGUGGCGAUCUAUGGUUACCGAAGGGCUUCGGAUCCAUCCUCACUAGGGGCACGGAGGUAUCCGAACAGCAGGAAUUCAGAAGUGAAUUCUACCGAGAGCAAGCGGAUCUCUCUGGGUGCAAAAACGUGAGAGUUGACAUAGUCGCAUAUCGAGGGACACUCAAGGAUCCACUUUGGAUGGAUGAGGAAGCAGAAUUGUACACUAAACUGUGUACCAUAAAUGCUGACACGUCCAAGCUAACUUCUAACCUACAACCCUUUCAGCGACCUAGCGGUUUAGGUGUCUAUUACACCUUUAGUUUUGAUGUCGUCAUGCUUUUCGGCUUGACGGAGUUGAAAGCACAAAUAAGUUGGCAGGAAAAUGUGCGCUUUUGA